GCGGGCGCGGCCGGCCCUGCAGCUCGGGCCGGGGCGGAGGCCGGCUGCCCGCGGAGAUGCGGGGCGGGGGCAGGGCGCGGGGUAGGUGAUUGUAUCCCGCCCGUCCCCGGCCCCGGGGAGCAAUGACAUCACGCGGCCUUCUCCAGGCGUCGGCACAAAGAGCGGCGCGGACAGGCCGCUGCGGGCGGAGCCGGCGGCCGCCGCCGCCCAGGGCCCCGGGGCCCCGCCGGCCAGGCCCGCCGCCCGGGGCGCCCGCAGCGCGCCGCUGAGCCCGGGGAGGGGCGCCCGCAGCCCGCCGCGCAGCAUGCACUGGGGGGUUGGCUUCGCCGCGUCCAGGCCGUGCGUGGCGGAUCUGAGCUGGAACCAGAGCGUCGCCUUCUUCGGCUGGUGGGCCGGCUCCGAGGAGCCCUUCUCCUUUUAUGGGGACAUCAUCGCUUUCCCUUUGCAGGAUUACGGUGGGAUCAUGGCAGGGCUGGGCUCCGAUCCCUGGUGGAAGAAAACACUUUACUUGACCGGGGGAGCUUUGCUGGCCGCAGCUGCGUAUCUGCUCCACGAACUCCUGGUCAUUAGCGUAAAACAGACUGUAACGAGAUGCCCUUACGGAGAACCUAAGUGCACUGUUUUUGCAACAGUGGAAUUAGGCCUUGUAGAAAAUACUAAGUUACACUUUUAUGAAAUGCCUUGUUUGUUUCUAGGUAAUACUCCUGGAAUAUUAGCCACUAACCUUAUUUUGUACUUCAAGGUUAGUUCUCCCCUCUCCUCCCUCCCUAAAUGUCAACAAGAGGCUGAAACUGCAGAAGCUCCGAGACCCCCUGGGUGCCUGCUAAGAGGCACGGCCAAGUGUAGGGGUGUGAGUUUUGAUGCAGCCUCAGCCGGGUUAUCUGCUAAUCUGGUAUUUAAAAACUAUUUUGGUGGAAAACUCUCUGCUCAAGGGAAAAUGCCUUGGAUCGAAUACAAUCAUGAAAAGGUCUCUGGCACAGAAUUCAUCAUUGACUUUCUGGAGGAGAAACUUGGCGUGAACUUGAACAAAACCCUUGGUCCUCACGAAAGAGCCGUCUGCAGGGCGGUGACCAAGAUGGUGGAGGAGCACUUCUACUGGACGUUGGCUUACUGCCAGUGGGUGGACAAUCUCCAUGAGACCCGGAAGAUGCUGUCCCUUAAUGGCGGUGGUCCCUUUGGUAACCUGCUGCGGUGGGUCGUGUGCCACAUAACGAAAGGAAUCGUGAAGCGCGAGAUGCACGGCCACGGCAUUGGCCGCUUCUCGGAGGAAGAGAUUUACACGCUGAUGGAGAAGGACAUGCGGUCUCUGGCGGGGCUCUUGGGUGACAAGAAGUACAUCAUGGGACCCAAGCUGUCCACUCUUGAUGCCACCGUCUUUGGACACUUGGCACAGGCCAUGUGGACCUUACCCGGGACGAGACCUGAGCGGCUGAUCAAAGGUGAGCUGAUCAACCUUGCCAUGUACUGUGAGAGGAUAAGGAGGAAAUUCUGGCCCGAGUGGCACCAUGACGAUGACAACACCAUCUAUGAGUCCGAGGAGAGCAGCGAAGGCAGUAAAACGCACACGCCCCUGCUUGACUUCAGUUUUUACUCAAGGACAGAGACCUUUGAAGAUGAGGGAGCAGAGAACAGUUUUUCCAGAACCCCGGACACGGAUUUCACUGGGCACUCGCUCUUUGAUUCUGACGUGGACAUGGAUGACUAUACAGAUCACGAACAGUGCAAGUGAUGUUCAGUCUUGCUGACCCUCUGAUGCCGGCCCUGCCGCUUCCUGGAGUCAGUCCUGUUUCCCAGAUAGAGAUCCAUCCAAGCCGGGAGGAGACCUUCAUGCCUGGCAGUCCUGGCGAGCUAACUGGACUACAACAGCCUUAUUCCUUUUUGUACAAACAAAACACAGAACCAUUUAGGGGGCUCCAUUUAAAACAAACAGGCAAAAAAAAAAAAAAAAGUAAUGUCAGCAUGGUUUCUGAAAUCCAUUUUUGUUUUCAUUAGAAAACUAAGAUUAUGCAGAAGAGCAGGUGCAAGAACAGAUUGUACACUGACCACUCUUACAUUGAUCCUCUACAACCCAAGGGCUUAGUUGUGACAUGGAUUCUUGAACAUCUUCGUCCGCCAAGGUUUGAAGUAACGAGAUAGGGCGUCAUCAGAGGAGAUGUAGGAGAUAAAUGUUCUGUGGUGGCUGCUUGUAUUUUAUGUGUGUAUAUUGUAUGUUGAAAUAGAAGUCAAAUAAAACCCAUAGUUAUUCAGUGAACA